AUGGGAGGUCGUAAUGCUCGUGUUCGAGGAAAUAAUGACAUCGCCAAUUAUGGUGCCGGUUAUAAUCCUUACAAUGGUUAUGGGGAUAUUGAAAAUUACGGUUCAAUUUACCAACCAAGUGGAGGAGGUAUACCAAUAGGAUAUGGUGAGACUGAUGGACCAUUCAUUACAUCUGUGAAACCUCCUCUGGGCGGACUUGGCGGAUACGGUAGUGUUUAUCCACCGGGCUUUAACCCAAUACUCGCAGGUGGUCUGGGCGGACCAAAAGUCCGUCAAAUUUGUGUUCCAAAUCAUAUAGUUGGUGUAUUCCAAAACUUACUUCAACAAGGUGGCUGCGGUGCGCCACAAAUGCCGCAAAUGCCGCAAAUGCCUUGUGCACCAGCGCCAAUGCCAAUGCCAAUGCCGCAAAUGCCUUGUGCACCAGCACCAAUGCCAAUGCCAAUGCCGCAAAUGCCCUGCGCACCGCCUCCAAUGCCAAUGCCGCAAAUGCCUUGUGCGCCAGCGCCAAUGCCAAUGCCAAUGCCACAAAUGCCUUGUGCACCAGCGCCAAUGCCAAUGCCAAUGCCGCAAAUGCCCUGCGCGCCACCUCCAAUGCCAAUGCCAAUGCCGCAAAUGCCUUGUGCACCAGCACCAAUGCCAAUGCCAAUGCCAAUUCCCCAAAUGCCCUGCGCGCCACCUCCAAUGCCAAUGCCAAUGCCGCAAAUGCCUUGCGCACCACCACCAAUGCCGAUGCCAAUGCCAAUGCCGCAAAUGCCUUGCGCUCCACCACCAAUUAUGCCACCAGUAAUGCCCCAAAUGCCAUGUGCUCCUCCACCAAUGCCGAUUCCUCAAAUGCCCUGUGCACCACCACCGAUCAUGCCACCUCCAAUGCCAAUGCCAAUGCCGAUUCCUCAAAUGCCUUGUGCACCACCACCGAUAAUGCCACCUCCAAUGCCAAUGCCAAUGCCAAUGCCGCAAAUGCCGUGUGCACCACCACCAAUGCCGAUUCCGCAGAUGCCAUGUGCUCCACCUCCAAUCAUGCCACCAGUAAUGCCUCAAAUGCCUUGCGCUCCACCGCCAAUGCCCAUCGCAUUGCCUCCAAUGCCAAUGCCGCAAAUGCCUUGUGCGCCUCCACCAAUGCCCAUCCCUCAAAUGCCCAUCCCUCAAAUGCCCUGCGCUCCACCACCAAUGCCCAUCCCUCAAAUGCCCUGCGCUCCACCACCAAUGCCGAUCCCUCAAAUGCCUUGUGCUCCUGCACCGAUCAUGCCACCAAUGCCAAUGCCGCAAUUACCAAUGCCACAACUCCCAAUGCCCCAAAUGGGUCCAAACUGUUGCUCAAUGUCACUUCAAUUACCUUCGAUAGCUCCACAACAGCCGUAUAUGCCAUCCGGUAUGAUGGGUGGUUAUGGUGGACUAUCCUCAUACGGAGGUUCUAGUCAAGCUUUGCCACAGUUCGGAGGUCUCAGUGGAUAUGGUGGACUACCAAGUAUUGGCGCUAGCCCAUAUGGUAGCUUCAGCGGAUUCGGUCAACCAAGCUUUGGUGGACUUGGACAAGCAGGUUUCGGUGGCUUCAGCCAACCAAGCUAUGGUAGUUUUGGACAAGCUGGAUACGGUCAACCAAGCUAUGGUGGUUUCAGUCAACCAAGUUACGGUGGUUUUGGACAAGCUGGCUUUGGACAAGCUGGAUACGGUCAACCAAGCUAUGGUGGAUUUGGACAAGCUGGAUACGGUCAACCAAGCUAUGGUGGAUUUGGACAAGCUGGAUACGGUCAACCAAGCUAUGGUGGAUUUGGACAAGCUGGAUACGGUCAACCAAGUUAUGGUGGAUUUGGACAAGCUGGAUACGGUCAACCAAGCUAUGGUGGAUUUGGACAAGCUGGAUAUGGUCAACCAAGCUAUGGUGGAUUUGGACAAGCAGGUUAUGGUGGUUUCAGUCAACCAAGUUACGGUGCUAUUGGACAAGCUGGCUAUGGUGGUUUUGGUCAAGCAGGUCUUGCAAGCUAUGGCCAACAAAGCUUCGGAGGAUAUGGUGGCUUUCCUCAAAUUCAACCACAGUUUGGUAGUGCCUAUCCUCAACAAUCGUAUGGAGGAUUCGGUCAAACAGGUCUCGCCAGUUAUGGUCAACAAAGCCUUGGAGGAUAUGGUGGCUUUCCUCAAAUGCAAGCACAAUUUAGCAGUGCCUAUCCUCAACAAUCAUAUGGAGGAUUCGGUCAGUCUGGACUUGCAAGCUAUGGUCAACAAAACUUCGGUAACUACGGAGGAUACGGUUCAUUUGCUGCACCGCAACCACAACUCAGUAGCAUCUAUCCACAACCAUCAUUCGGAGCUUUCCCACAGCAAGCUUCAUACAGUGCCUUACCACAACCAUCAUAUGGUGGCUUUCCCCAACAAUCUUAUAGCAGCUAUCCAAGUGCUGGCUUUAGUCAACCUGCUGCUUUUCAACAACCAAUCGCAUAUCCCCAACCAGCUGCCUAUCCACAACAAUUCGGUGGCUUCCAACAACCAAGCGUCUAUCCACAGCAAUUCGGCGGUUAUCCACAACCAAGUGCGUACCCACAACAAUUCGGCGGUUAUCCUCAACAACCUGCUUUUCCACAAUACGGAGGCUUUCCUCAAGCUGGCGGCUUCUCAUCCAUGGGUAGUGCUCCAUUAGGAUUACCAGGUGGUACUGGACGAGUGAGAAUCGUGUGCUGUGCUAUGCCAGAGUAA